CUUACACAUUCAACGUGUACUUGAAUUGAGAUGGGAAAUCUGAUACGCUGCUCUAAAGCUGCAGUUGUCAAAAGGUGGUCUGAAGAAGACCCUCUCAAGGAGGUUGAGAUCCUCCCUCCCCUUAAUUACGCGCAUUAUCUGCAUGAAGCCAGAUUUUCUUCACAUGCUUCAACCAAAACAUUUCUCCAGUAGAUUGAAUGUAGAAGCAGCUAUGACAAUUAAGCUGUCGUCUUUAAAGUCAGGCAUUAAAGAUAUUUUCAAAAUCAUAAAACGAUUCCACUCUUCUGAUGUUUUGGUUUUGGAAGGAAUAUGGUCAUUUACGACUUUAAAAUGCUAUUUAUGUUAACCUGCUUACUCUUUAAAACACCUUGAAUUUAAACUUAAUAUUUGAAUUUAAUUGCUUUCAUGACUAAUACGGUAAAGAGCAGGAGACACAACCUACAGGAAAAGCGCUUCGGAGCUCUCCUUUGGAGAAUCGCUGGUCAACAUGAAACAAAGGACUUCGGGCCCGACUCGUGGCAGGUUUAACUAGGUCCGAGGCCCUUCAGCCGAGCGCUCAAGCACCACCCACCCCGCCGACCGCGACCGCGACCGGGGACGCCCCGCCCUCGGCGAGAGUCCUUGCAAAUAGUUACGGAUGCCGACUAGAGGGCGGGAUUUGUCCCCUGAGCGGACGUAGAACAGCGUUCACGUAGAGGUUCCCACUGCAGAGGAAAACCGGGUCACAGAAGGAAAGGAGCGUUUAUGAGUCUUUGCGACACUGUCGCGUUUCGUUGGUUCCUUGCCGUAAAGAGAGUCGCGGAGCCGCCCCCGGCCGAGGCAGCGGCAGACGUGCGGGGCAAUGGCGGAUAUGGAGGACCUCUUCGGGAGCGACGCCGACAGCGAUGCUGAGCGUAAAGAUUCUGAUUCUGGAUCAGACUCGGAUUCUGAUCAAGACAAUGUUGCAUCUGGCAGUAAUGCCUCUGGAAGUGAAAGCGAUCAAGAUGAAAGGGGUGAUUCAGGAAAGCCAAGUAAUAAGGAACUGUUUGGAGAUGACAGUGAGGAUGAGGGAGCCUCACAUCACAGUGGGAGUGAUAAUCACUCUGAAAGAUCAGACAAUAGAUCAGAAGCUUCUGAGCGUUCUGAUCAUGAAGAUAAUGACCCCUCAGAUGUAGAUCAGCACAGUGGAUCAGAAGCCCAUAAUGAUGAUGAAGAUGAAGGUCAUAGGUCAGAUGGAGGGAGCCAUCACUCAGAAGCAGAAGGUUCUGAAAAAGCACAUUCAGAUGAUGAAAAAUGGGACAGAGAAGAUAAAAGUGACCAGUCAGAUGAUGAAAAGUUACAAAAUUCUGAUGAUGAAGAGAGGGCACAAGGAUCUGAUGAAGAUAAGCUGCAGAAUUCUGAUGAUGAUGAGAAAAUUCAGAACACGGAUGAUGAGGAUAGGCCUCAGCUUUCAGAUGAUGAGAGACAACUGUCUGAGGAAGAGAAGGCUAAUUCUGAUGAUGAACGGCCAGCAGCUUCUGAUAAUGAUGAUGAGAAACAGAAUUCUGAUGAUGAGGAACGGCCGCAAAUGUCUGAUGAGGAGAAAAUGCAAAAUUCUGAUGAUGAAAGGCCACAGGCUUCAGACGAAGAACACAGGCAUUCAGAUGAUGAAGAGGAACAGGAUCAUAAAUCGGAAUCUGCAAGAGGCAGUGAUAGUGAAGAUGAAGUUUUACGAAUGAAACGCAAGAAUGCAAUUGCCUCUGACUCAGAAGCAGAUAGUGACACCGAGGUACCAAAAGAUAACAGUGGAACCAUGGAUCUGUUUGGAGGUGCAGAUGAUAUAUCUUCAGGGAGUGAUGGAGAAGAUAAACCACCUACCCCAGGGCAACCUGUUGAUGAAAAUGGAUUGCCUCAGGAUCAACAGGAGGAGGAGCCAAUUCCUGAGACCAGAAUAGAAGUAGAAAUACCCAAAGUAAACACUGAUUUAGGAAAUGACUUAUAUUUUGUUAAACUGCCCAACUUUCUCAGUGUAGAGCCCAGACCUUUUGAUCCUCAGUAUUAUGAAGAUGAAUUUGAAGACGAGGAAAUGCUGGAUGAAGAAGGUCGAACCAGGUUAAAAUUAAAGGUAGAAAAUACGAUAAGAUGGAGGAUACGCCGGGAUGAGGAAGGAAACGAAAUCAAAGAAAGCAAUGCUCGGAUCGUCAAGUGGUCAGAUGGGAGCAUGUCUCUGCAUUUAGGCAACGAAGUGUUUGAUGUUUACAAAGCUCCACUACAGGGAGAUCACAACCAUCUUUUUAUAAGACAAGGUACUGGUCUACAGGGACAAGCCGUUUUUAAAACCAAACUCACAUUCAGACCUCACUCUACAGACAGUGCCACACAUAGGAAGAUGACCCUGUCACUUGCAGAUAGGUGCUCGAAGACACAGAAGAUUAGAAUAUUACCAAUGGCUGGUCGUGAUCCUGAAUGCCAGCGUACUGAAAUGAUUAAGAAAGAAGAAGAACGUUUGAGGGCCUCUAUUCGUAGGGAAUCUCAGCAGCGCCGAAUGAGAGAGAAACAGCACCAGCGGGGACUGAGUGCUAGUUACCUAGAACCUGAUCGCUAUGAUGAGGAGGAGGAAGGCGAGGAGUCCAUCAGCUUGGCUGCCAUUAAAAACCGAUAUAAAGGGGGCAUUCGAGAGGAACGAGCCAGAAUCUAUUCGUCAGACAGUGAUGAGGGAUCAGAAGAAGAUAAGGCUCAAAGAUUACUCAAAGCAAAGAAACUGACCAGUGAUGAGGAAGGGGAACCAUCUGGAAAGAGAAAAGCUGAAGAUGAUGAUAAAACAAGUAAAAAGCAUAAGAAGUACGUAAUCAGUGAUGAAGAAGAAGAAGAUGAUGAUUGAAGCACAAUGUGGAAACACUAUGUAUUUUUUGUACAGUUUAUUAAAUAUGUAAACAUGAGUUAUUUUGAUGGAAAUGAA